AUGCAGGCGCAACGAAGUCAAAGACAGGACAGCGCGGCCGGCGCGGUACCCAAGCUGGUCAACCGGUUGGAAGCUAGUAAAUCACCCUAUGUGCGAGCGCAUGGUCAUAAUCCCGUGGCCUGGCAGCUAUGGGACGCUGAAAGCAUCGAGCUCGCUCGAAGGCAUAACCGCCUAAUAUUCCUUAGUAUUGGUUACUCAGCUUGCCAUUGGUGCCAUGUUAUGGAAAAAGAGUCGUUCAUGUCCCAAGAGGUAGCCUCGAUUCUCAAUGAAUCCUUUAUCCCGAUCAAAGUCGACCGAGAAGAAAGACCUGAUGUUGAUGACAUAUAUAUGAACUAUGUUCAAGCGACUACCGGCUCCGGUGGUUGGCCGUUGAAUGUCUUCCUAACCCCUGAUCUGGAACCUGUCUUUGGCGGGACUUACUGGCCCGGUCCAAGCUCGACGUCAUUACAUGGCCCUGAGACUGUCAGCUUCAUUGAGAUCCUCGAAAAGUUGCGAGACGUAUGGACUACACAACAGCAGAGAUGCCUUGACAGCGCAAAGGAGAUCACUAAACAGUUGAGGGAGUUCGCCGAAGAGGGGACGCACACGUAUCAGGGUGAUCGUGAUGCGGACGAAGAUCUAGAUAUCGAGCUUUUGGAAGAGGCAUAUCAACAUUUCGCGUCACGAUACGAUACUACCAACGGGGGAUUCUCAAGAGCGCCUAAAUUCCCUACUCCGGCCAAUCUGAGUUUCCUGCUCCGGCUUGGGGCUUAUCCGAGCGCAGUAACUGAUAUUGUUGGGAAAGAAGAAUGCGAGAAUGCCACGGCAAUGGCUGUUAAUACGCUUGUUAGCAUGGCGCGCGGGGGAAUCCGCGAUCACAUUGGCCAUGGUUUUGCCCGGUAUAGCGUCACAGCCGAUUGGAGCCUACCUCAUUUUGAAAAAAUGUUAUAUGACCAGGCCCAGCUCCUCAGUGUCUACGUUGACGCCUUCAAGAUCACACACAAUCCCGAACUUCUAGGUGCAGUUUAUGACCUAGUCACCUAUCUUACAUCGCCACCAAUUCUGUCGCCGACAGGCGCUUUCCAUUCCUCCGAGGACGCCGACAGCCUACCCAACCCGAAUGAAUCUGAAAAGCGAGAAGGUGCUUUCUACGUUUGGACUUUGAAGGAGCUGACACAAGUUCUCGGACCGCGAGAUGUUGGGGUAUGCGCUCGCCACUGGGGUGUUCUCCCUGACGGAAACAUUGCCCCAGAGAACGAUCCUCAUGAUGAGUUUAUGGACCAGAAUGUGCUUUCAGUGAAGGUCACUCCAAGUAUACUGGCAAAGGAGUUCGGCUUAGGUGAGGACGAGGUCGUCCGGAUCAUCAAAUCAGCCAAGCAGAAGCUGCGUGAAUACAGAGAAAAAACCCGCGUACGGCCUGAGUUGGACGACAAAAUUAUCGUGUCGUGGAAUGGAUUAACAAUUGGUGCCCUCGCCAAGUGCAGCAUGAUGUUUGAAGAGAUUUGGGAUGAGAAAUCAGUUCAAUGCCGAGAAGCUGCGGCUAAGGCAAUCAACUUCAUCAAAGAGACCCUAUUCGAUAAAGCCUCUGGGCAACUCUGGCGCAUUUAUCGUGAUGGCAGCAAAGGAACGACCCCGGGGUUCGCAGAGGACUACGCUUUCUUAGCUGAAGGCCUGCUGGACAUGUACGAGGCCACAUUUGAUGACAGCUACUUACAGUUUGCUGAACAGUUACAACGGUAUCUCAACGACCAUUUCCUUGCCCGCGUCAACUCGACCCCUGCCGGUUACUAUACCACUCCUUCAACAGCUGUGCCGGGGUCGCCCGGUCCUCUACUCCGGCUGAAGACUGGCACUGAGUCCGCUGUACCUUCAGUCAAUGGGGUCAUUGCUCGCAACCUCCUUCGGCUGUCCAGUCUGCUUGAGGAAGACACCUACCGCGUCCUCGCCCGUCAAACCUGCCAUGCCUUCGCGGUUGAAAUUUUACAGCAUCCAUUCCUCUUCGUGGGUCUUCUCGACGCGAUCGUAGGACUAGAAACAGGUACGCGGAGUGUUACCGGAGUUUUUAGUACGACGUCUGUGUCUUCAUCGGGCCCCGGCCGUUCGACGGAGGAAGGGCCCACAACCAUCGACCCUGUAUCUGUGCGGGCCGCGUUAGUGAAGAGAAUUCGUGCAGAAGCGGGCCUUUUGUUAUCAGCAUCCUCAACAACCGUUGCGGCUCUUGUGGAUGUUCGGCCUUCACAUCUAGGAGACUUUGUUGGGAACCAAUCCUUCUGGCUACGCAGACGGAAUGCACUAUUCAAGGAUCUCGGAGCAACGGAGUCGUCCAAAAACUAUCUACUUCUUUGCGAGGAGGGGCGCUGUCGGAUGGUUGAUAUUUGA